CGCACACAAACACAUCCACUCGAACCUGCGGAUGAACUUCAUCUGGAUAAUGGAUUAACGCAUCAGACAGAUAGCAAAAAACAACGCACAGCAACUCCAGAUGUCAAUGUAUUGGAAGAAAACACCCAUCCACCCACCCACGAUGGAGUGACUCACAGUUUUAAGUAGUUGAAUAAGCGAGCGCCGGUGCGGACGGAUAGAUUCUGCGUGGGGUAUUUCACUUCUUUCUGGUACUUAAAACUCGACCAACUGUGGGUUUUAUGGGGAAGGGAAGCGUUGGGCUCGAGCCGCCAUACGGACUGACAGUUGCUGCACGAGGCGCUGGUGCCAGAUAUGGAUAGCGAGCGCGAUACCUCCGGACGCUGGUGCGCAUCUUCAUAAAGUGCGACACUUCCACACUGACGAGGCCAAAAACUUCAUUUGUCCCGAGUCAAGGUUGCUGACAAACGGAGGCUGAGCAAGAAGAACUUAAUUUCUCCCUGCUUUUUAGGGAGGAUAGUUUAAGAAAAAGUAGGCUACUUUUGCAAAUCUACACAGGAAGCUUUGAAGAUGCUUCCAGGGGUCGCGAGGAGAUUUCACACGCUGCUCGUGAUUUGGUCGAUACUUCUCGUGAGUUUGGGGACCGGGUUUCCUACCAGACACAAGAAUGUUGCCCACAAAGCGCAUGGCCACCAUAUUCACAGUGCCGGGGUCCAAUAUGUCCCUGAGACUUUGGAGCAGCAGAACCAGGUCCAGAGUAUCCUGCCUGAGCCCCAUGGCCCCCAGAGGAGGUGGACCCACCCCCACCACCGCUCUGUUGGUGUUCUCCCACAGCCGGAGCCUGAGGAGGAGACCAAUCCCUUCAUUCUGGAUCUCAAGAACUUCCCAGACCUGGCAAAUGCUGAAAUAAACUCGCAGAACCCAAACAUACAGGUAACCAUUGAGGUGGUGGACGACCCCCAGAUGGAGGUAGAGAUGGAUCUGGCCAAGGAAAAAGAAUGGCUCCCCUCCUCUUCCUCCUCACCGUCUUCCACGGUGGAUUGGCUCGGAGGCAAGAAGCUUUUCUGGCCCCUUUUCUGGAGUUACACUGACGCCGACUCCGGCGAGGAAAGCAACAGCCGCUCAGGGGCGGACGAAAAUGGUGAGGAAGAGGAGGAGGAGGGGGAUUACUCUCUGGAUUACGGAAGCGAGGAGCCCUUACCAAGCGGAGUGGGCGAAGACUGGGAUACGCAUUGGAACGAAGGCUGGGAUCCAAUACAGAGCUACUACGAGAAGGAAACAGAUGAGUGGACUCCCUGGUCUCCCUGUUCAGUGACAUGUGGAAACGGUGAGAGGAAAAGGACCAAGUCCUGUGGCUACUCUUGCACCCUGACAGAAGCCUCCAAGUGUGACCUGGAGCCUUGUCCCGGUGAUGUCAACACUGUAGUAGAGCCAUUCCCUUUCGCAAUGGAGAAUGGCACAGAGCCAUUUGGAACAGAUGUGGACAGCUGCGAGAAGUGGCUCAACUGUAAGAGUGACUUCCUCCAGAGGUACCUCCACCAGGUGAUGUCUGAGCUGCCCAGCUGCCCCUGCACUUACCCCUCUGAAGUGUCUUACACCGUGGUCAGCGUCUACGAUGACAAUCACGGCCGGCCAUUCCGCUGGCGUGAUGCCAGUGGCCCCAAGGAGCGCAUGGACAUCUACAAGCCGUCAGCGCGUAGCUGCAUCCGCUCAGCACUUUCAAGCGAUUCAUCCACUCUAGCAGCGCAGCACUGUUGCUACGGCGAUCGUGGACGGCUGAUAACACGAGGGAAAGGCGCAGGCACGCCUAACCUGAUCAGCACCGAGUUCUCUCCCGAGCUGCACUUCAAGGUGGACGUGCUGCCGUGGAUCCUGUGCAAGGGAGACUGGAGUCGCUUCCACGCGGUGCGGCCACCUAACAAUGGGUUGAGCUGCCCAGAAAACCCCCACGAAGACGUGUUCAUGAAUGAACUGGAGGAAGCCAGGGAGUACUGAGGGACCACAGCCAAAACUACCACUUCAGUGUCAGAGGGCCCAAUCCUAAUUUGAGAGGAGACAGCCUUUUAAAAAUUAUGAAAUAUUACACCUAAACCAUGCGUUGACUCAGAGGAAAUGUGAUUUGGAGGUGUGUGGGGUUUAGGUGUGUGUGUGAAGUGUGGUUGUCUCAAGUUAGGAUUUGGCACAGUUUCCUGAUAUCAGGCUCAAUGGAACUAAAUUACAAGAAUUGAAAAAAAAAAGCAGUGUUCUCCCAUCGCUUGCCAACCUGUUCCACAUCUGGGAUACCAUCCAGCUCUCUCUUUAUAUUCACUCUCCUGGGUGCGUGUAAGCAUGAUGUCCACCUACUGGCUUUGUUUGAUAGUGUCCUGGAGCGCUUGUGAUUGACAAUUCGCAACAUGUGGUAAACAUCCUGAUCAUGCUUCUUGUAAGUCUUAUGUUAGGGAAAUGUAUGAAUGUGGGUUGGUUAUAUUGAUGAAACAAACACAUGCAUGGGAAGAGUCCAACAGAAUAUGAAUAUCCCGACUAUGCUGCUACAUUAUAUAAUCCAUCAGGUUUUUACAAAGGUAUUAUGGGGAACAAGACAACAGGACAUCAAUAAACCCAAGAAUUCUCACAGUAAUGUACAAUGGACACAAAAUUAUGAGAAUACUUUAUCUCAAAAGUUUCGUCACACAGAUUGAUUGAUUGAUUGAUUUAUGCGAUUUCUCACAUUUUCACAGCCGGGAAGAUAAUAUGAUCCGGGUGCCAAAGAGUUAAAAAAUCAGACUGUUGGUGCCUGCGUAGAUCCAGCCUCCUAAGUCUCUACAGUGCAAAUGUAGGAAGAAAUUAAGUUCUAGAGUGAGUACAUGAUGCUCAUAGAUCUCUACGAUGUUCUCAGGGGGACUAUCAAACCAUGAUUAACACAUCUGUUCAUUUACCUCGACAACGGAGCACUAUUGGAACUACUGCAAAGUGUAUUAGGGUAAAGAUUAGUCGCAGAGUAUCAGAUUUCUAAUCCAUGCUUUUUGUUCAGUUUCAAAAAGCAGUAAGGAACCUUAUAACUGAAAAAGCUGUUAAAGCAUUAUGUGUGAUAGAAGGAUGUCAUUGCUGCUUAAGAUGUGGGCUUAGGGUCUUUGGGUUUAUAGACAGAACAUGAUUGGAUAGAAAGGACAUUCCUAUAGACUUUGAGUAAAUACCCUAUAAGAUAUAGUGCAAAUGAUUGAUUAUAACAACAGUUUUAGCAUUGUAGCUAUAAUAAAACUCAGCACCUUACUCAAAUACUUAGUAUAAAUAUCAAAUAAACAUAGAAAUACCUUAGAGCGCCAGGAAUCGCCCAUUCUAUCCAGUCUCAUUCUAUGGAUGUUCGCUCCAAACCUUUUUUCAGGAAUUCUGCUUCAAUAUGUGAUAUGCAAACACGCAUUUACAUUUUGGAAUCACCAAUUUUAAAGGAAGGCACUUUAUUUAAAGUAUAUAUAAAUAUAUACAAAAUAUAUAUCAAAAUGUACUCGUGUUUGCCAUUUGUUGUUGAUAGUGUUAUUGUGAAGGAAAACUCGCCAGAAAUGCUGCAUUGUUCUUUGAAAGUGCAUAUAUCAAGUGUUCUGUUGAGGAAAGCAUGAUUUCUUUUUUGUGAUUUCUGAAUCUAGUAUUACAUAUAUGGUGUUGUACAGUAUUUAUUUGUCUGUUCUCUCUUUUUUUAAGUUUGCUGAAGCUUUUGAAAUGUCUCUUUACUCAACAUGGUGCACUAAUCUGACUGAGAAAUGAAGGCACCCAUUAUCAAAAGGGAAACCCACUUGCCUCAUAUCACUUCAUACAGCAACAUCAAGUGUUUCAUUCUACUUUGUACUGCAGUGCUCUAUGAAUAUGUUGUUGCAAUUAUGCUGAAGAAAUAUAUAAAGACCUUGCAUUCAUCAUCUGACUUUC